AACUAACUGUACACUGUUGUGAUCUCCAGAUGCCUCAGAGAAUGAAGAUGAACAACUCUCUACCUCCAGAAAGUCUGUCGGUCGCAAGCGUCACGUCUCAGAAAUGGAUGCCUCAGAGAAUGAAGAUGAACAACUCUCUACCUCAAAACAACACUCUACCUCCAGAAAGUCUGUCAGUCGCAAGCGUCACGUCUCAGAAAUGGAUGCCUCAGAGAAUGAAGAUGAUCAACUCUCUACCUCCAGAAAGUCUGUCGGUCGCAAGCGUCACGUCUCAGAAACGGAUGCCUCAGAGAAUGAAGAUGAACAACACUCUACCUCCAGAAAGUCUGUCAGUCCGCAAGCGUCACGUCUCAGAAAUGGAUGCCUCAGAGAAUGAAGAUGAACUACUCUCUACCUCAAAACAACACUCUACCUCCAGAAAGUCUGUCCAUCACUCUCCUGCACACAAACAACACAUUAUAGAAAUGUUCUCAGGAAAGAAGGCUCCUCGGAGGCCAUGGAGUAGUGAAGAGCAGGAUGCUGUAAAGCGCACACUAAGAAAAUUCUUUUCCUUGAGAAAAGUUCCUGGAAAAGUGGCAUGUCAAUCAUGUCUGGAUGCAAAUCCAGUCCUCAAGUCAAGAUCUUGGGUUGACAUUAAAAACUUUGUCCACAACACUCUUCAAACCAUGAAAAGGAAACUUGCUUCCUGCAGGAAUGCGGUCUAAUUUCAUUUUAAGAUAUUAGUUCAAUAUAUACUCAAUUUCUAAGAAAAGCAAUUUUAUUUACAUUAUUUACACCGAGCACUUUUUUCUUUUGUUGGAGAAACAGAAAUCUCUUGUACUGUAUUUUGUAACUAAGCACUUUACUACAUUUCCUUUUUCAGAGGAAAGUAAGCACUUAAUUUCCUUUUUUCUAGGAGAAAUGGAAAUCUUUUGCAUUUUGUAAAAACUAUGCACUUCACUUGCAUUUCCUUUUUUCAGUGGAAGUAAGCAUUUCAUAAAUUCUGAAUACAAUUAUUAUGCAAGUUGAUAUUCUGAUCAUCUUUUUUUUCAAGGAAAAUUUAAUCAAGCAGAUUAAUGUGUUUUGGAAUUGGUAAAAUGUGCUUGGAAAAAAAAGAUGAUCAGAAUAUCAACUUGCAUAAUAAUUAUGCACAAACUAUAUUGAUUUCUACUGUUUAUAAAAAAUCUGCACAAUGGUCUGCACUUUUUUCAUAGCUUUUGUUUUCAUUGUCCGUUUAGUUUAGUUUCUGUUAA